GUUCAUUCGCGUACCGUGUGUCAUUCCGCCGAGGCGUGCGCGAGAGACGUUCCCGUCAUUUACUUCACCGUGUUGCCGCGCACAUCGUCUUCUUAUCACUGAUACCUACACGUUUUGAUAUUACAUAUAUUAUUAUUUUUUUUUCGAAAAUAUUUUUUAAAAGUGCGAUCCAUUCCCGUCGCCGUUACGCAAUUUUUUCACACCGGUGUCGUUACAAAACGCAUUAGAUUUGUGAUACCAGCGUCGUCGUAAACGGUAUACAUUAAAAAUAAUACGCCGACGCGAAAAUCUCGUUAUAAAUUAAACACCAUUUUAUUUGUGCGCAAACGAACGGCUUCGGGCGCGAACGAACUGGCGCUCGUCUGUACGAAAAUGGUAAAUAAUUCGUCCAACAGUAUGAUGCUGGACGAGGCGUUUUACGACGAUCAGGUCCAGGUGAUGAGCAAAGCGGAGAGCCAGACGGCCGAGGUGCACCACUACCUGAAACGGCCGAUGACGUUGGACCUGAACUCGUGCAAUUCGGAGAACUCGGCCAAGAAACCCAAGUACCUGGCACCGUUGCUCACGUCGCCCGACCUACACAUGCUCAAGAUGAGCUCGCCCGAGCUGGAACGGUUCUACUUGGCGCAACAGUCGGCCUUGGGCCACAUCAACACGCCCACGCCGUCCCUGUUCCCAAAGUCCGUGACCGAGGAACAGGAGAUGUACGUUCAGCCCUUUGUCGAGGCGCUCAACAGCCUGCACAACAACGACUCCAACAGCGGGACGGCGCUACAGGUGAAACCCGGGGCGUUCAGCGGCGGUAGCAAUUCGUCGGAAUACCAAUCGUCCGAGCCCCAAUACUCCAACCUGAUGUCCACGUCCAACGACUUUUCCAACAUCAUACCUCAGCACGUCAUUAAAGAAGAACCCGCCCAGACCGUGCCCAGCGUCACGUCCUCAUCGCCGCCCAUGUCGCCCAUCAACAUGGAGUCCCAAGAGAAAAUCAAACUCGAGCGGAAACGCCAGAGGAACCGGCUGGCCGCGUCCAAGUGUCGCCGGAGAAAAUUGGAACGGAUCGCCAAGCUCGAGGACAAAGUCAAAGAGUUGAAAAACGAAAACAGUGAACUUUCCACCGUGUUGAACCGACUGUUGGAACAGAUAUGUCAAUUAAAACAAACCGUGGUCGAACACAUGCACAACGGAUGCGAGUUCGCGAUGAACUGCCUGUGACCUGUAAGUUAAUAAUAUUAUUCUAAAUGGCUUGGCAUAAUAUAAUCAUUUCAUUUUUUCUUUUUCUUUUUUUUUUUUUUUUUUUUUUUUUUAAAAAAAAAUUUUUUUUUUUUUUUUUUUUUUUUUUUUUUUCUAUAAUUUUUAAAUUCAUUAUUAUCAAUGUGUAAUUAUUAAAUUACACACCUACCACUUUAAUCUACUGAAUACGUUCAAUAAUAAUAUUAAGUAAUGCAUCGGUAGGUAUGCGGGUACUUUACCGAUUUUCAGUGUAGGCACCUCUACAGCUCUAUCUCUGGUUCUAUCCGACCACUUAAUCACUAGAAAAUGCACAAAACAAUUAACUACUUUCAAUAUUUAAUAUUAUCGUUUAGUUUCGCACAAUUUCAACAGUUCCUACCUACCUCAUAGUUAACCCCGACCGUCAGUAAAAAAAAUUACUUAUUUUAGGUGCAAAAUAAUAUAAUGCGCUUGAAGUGGGAAUAAAAAUAAAUUCAUAUUUAAUAUUGUUUGCACAAUUUGUGUUCUAAACCGUUGCAAAAUAUUUAUCUAAUUGUUGGGAAUAAUGUAAUAUUUACAUUUUGACUAUAUUUUAAAUUGUAUUGUCUUGCCUACUUUUUUUUAACUUAAUCUUAAACCUUUUUUUUUUUUUUUUCAAUUGCUUGUCAAACAAUAAUAACAUUUUAUUGAUUUUUUCUGUUACAGUUAAUAAUGGACACCGUCGAAUUCAUUGAAAACAUCCUGAAUUUGGAUGUUACUUCCUGCCUGUCUGUGAGUUUUUCAUAUUUUUUUUACAACAUUUGUAAUUAUCCGAUAAAAAAAAAAUACCAUAAUAAUAUAAUAUUAUAAUAAAUAUUGCUACAAAAAUUGCUCAAUUUCUUUGUAGCCUAUUUUUAUAAUCAAUGAUAAUACUUAAUAUACUUCUUUUUAUAUUGUAUAAUAUUUUAUAUAGCCUAUAUAACAUAAAUUUUAAUGUGACGUUUAUAAUGUUAUUAUGUUUAUAUUAAUCGAAUAUUGUAAUUAAAAAAAAAAAAAAAAAUCAAAUCAAUAAUUAAUAUAUACCUUUAUAUCACUAACGUGCAAUUAUUAGGUUAUCAUAUUUUUACUGUCGACGCAUUAACGGAUAACAUAUUCUACAAUCAUAUUUAAUAUAUAAAUCAAUUUAUUUAAAACAAAAAAAAAAAAUUAAUAAAACUAAAUCAAAGACGACAAUAGAACCGCGUUUUCCGUCGCACUGACACCAAUCAACGCCUUUUAAUUGUACGUGAGCCAUUAAAAAUUAUUAAAAUAUUUAUUUUAUACAUGUUAUGCUCAAACUUUUAGAGUAAUUGAUAUAUUUUUUUUUUUUUUUGGUUAUUUUUUACAUUUAUUGUGCAAAAAAAUAUUUUUAUAAUAUUAUAUUAUUUUUUUCUAUAUAAAAAUUUAUUUUAAACAUGUUUAACGCGCCACUAAGGAAUUAAUUAAUUGUGUUUAUUAUUUAUCGUUGUUGUAUGCUAACCAGUGUUUAUCUUUUAUCUUUAUAUAUUUAUACAUUCAAUAUUACCUGUAUAAUUUUUAAUACAUAUUUUUAAAAAAGGUAUUUCUUUACCUUGGCCGUAAUAAAUUUAUUAUUAGAUUACCACAAUACCUAUUUAUUUUUUUUUUAUUAGCCCCUGUACAAAAUAUAUUAAAAAGGGAGGCUACGACAACACAAUAACUAAACAUAUACCGAAAUUUAAUUAUAAUAUUCUUAAUUUAAGCUUCUUUUUACCAGACAAUAAUUAUUUAGGCCAAAGUUCAUAAUUUUUAAAUUAUAGAUAAUAUUUAUAAUUUUUUUUUUUUUUUUUUAAGGCCAUACUAUAAUAAUUAUUAAUUCAUAUUUACCUACCUACCUAAUAAUGUUAAUUGUUCAUUGACGAGACUUUGAUGUGUAAUAAGUUAGUCUUGUGAUAUUUUGUCGAUCCCUCCGCUCUUUUUACGCAGACAAACUCGAAAUGUAUCGACCAUGUUCCUAGGUGCUCUAGAGUGUAACAAAAAAAAAAAAAAGCAAUUUUUAUUAUUGUUAUUGUUUUUUUUUUUUUUUUUUUUUUUUUUUAAUGCAAAAAUCAAUCUUAAUAAUUUAUUUUUAUUAAAUAUGAAUUUUAUUGUAUAUUUUAAUUUUUUAAGUUAAUAUUUAUGUAAGAGUAAAUUAUCGUGUGCAAAAUGAUUAUAAUAAUAAUAUAAUAUAAAUUAUAAAAUUGUGAUUUUAAUAUUAUUAUUAUUUAUUUAUUUUUCGUAAUUUUUAAGGCUUUUGUGUGAUUUUUUUGACUAAGUGAUAUGAUUUUAUUUGAUAUAUAAAAUUUUAUUAAAAAA